GUUCUAUCCGCCCAGUCCCAUUGCGCGCGGCCGCGCUCCCUCUCUCUCUCCCUUGGCUUUAAAGUGUGGGGCAGGCAGAGCUCACAUGUUACUUCCUGUGUGUGAGAUGGAGACACCCCAGAGCCACUGGCACCAGCCCGCGACCCCCUCCCGCCGUCUCCUCGUGGAUUAGCGACCCCCGACUCUCUGUGUGUCUGGAUAUCGGAGCCCCUGGAUGUGGGAGCUGUAGCCGCUGUAUGAGAUCUCCUGCAACUUCCCAGCGACACAAACCCCCGCUACUUCCCCGGAUCUCCCCCCGGAUCUACCGCCGCUGCCCGGUACUCAUUGGGGAGGGGGUCGCCGCCUCGGAGGUGAAAGAGCCAACAAGUCGCCCCCUGUGGCCCCAAUGUGCUUGUUGCCAUGCGGACAAUCGUGCAGCCCGGGACUUGGAUCUUCUUCCUGCUGCUCUGUGUCCUCUGUUCUACGGCAUUCACUGAGGGUAACGCCGGAUCUCUACAUGGGAACAGACCUGCCAGCGCUGUACAGAUACGAAGGCGGAAGGCAGUUGCGGAGCCUUACUGGUCUUAUUCUGGUGUCUAUGGUCCCGACAACUGGGUGACAUCUAACGUGGAUUGUAGAGGCAUGCACCAGUCUCCCAUAGACAUUUCUGAUUACAGCUCACACAUCAGAGAUGAGUUCCAGGAGCUGCAACUCGAGGGAUUUGACAAUGAGUCUUCUAACAAAACCUGGAUGAAAAACACGGGGAAGACCGUUGCCAUUCUCCUGAAGGAUGAUUAUUUUAUCAGUGGAGCUGGGCUUCCCGGCAGGUUUAAAGCGGAGAAAGUGGAAUUUCACUGGGGUCAGAGCAAUGCGUCAGCCGGCUCAGAGCACAGCAUUAAUGGCAGAAGAUUCCCCGUUGAGAUGCAGAUUUACUUCUACAACCCUGAUGACUUUGAUAGUUUCGGAACAGCCAUCACGGAGAAAAGGUUGAUCGCCGCCAUGUCGGUUUUCUUUCAGGCCACACAAAGAAACAAUCCUGCCCUGGACCAGAUUAUUCAUGGACUGAAGGGCGUUGUCCAUCAUGAAAAGGAAACGUUCCUGGAUCCCUUCAUUCUGAGAGAACUGCUGCCCUCCUCCCUGGGAAGUUUCUACCGCUACACGGGUUCCCUGACGACCCCUCCGUGCAGUGAAAUUGUGGAAUGGGUGAUUUUCAGCCGGCCUGUUCCAAUUUCCUACCAUCAGCUGGAAGCCUUCUAUUCCAUAUUCACCACGGAACAGCAGGACCACGUCAAGUCCGUGGAUUAUUUGCGCAACAAUUUUAGGCCGAGGCAGAGCCUGAAUGAUAGGGCAGUUUUCAAAUCCGCCGUGAAAGACGCUUGGAGUCAGGACAUGUUGGAUUACUUGGACAGUCCGUUUGGCACAGACGCUUCAAAAGUUUGCAGCACCCCCCCAGUGAACAUGAAGGUACAUCCCGCGAACAAGACGGCGUUGCUGGUAACGUGGAACCAACCAGAGACCAUUUACCACCCUCCUGUCAUUAGCUUCAUGGUUUCCUACAGUUGGACCAAGAAUGAUGAGGCCAAGGAGAAGACCUUCAACAAGGAAAACGACAAGGAGCUGAAAGCCAUCAUUAACCACGUUUCGCCGGAUAUCCUCUACUUGUUCCGGGUUCAGGCCGUGUGCCAAAACGACAUGCGCAGUGACUUCAGCCAGACCAUGUUGUUCCAAGCCAACACAACACGAAUAUUCGAAGGGACCAGGAUCGUGAAAACAGGCGUGCCUACUGUUUCUCCUGCCUCCUCCGCUGACAUGGCACCAAUCAGUUCUGGAUCCUCUACGUGGACUUCUUCAGGCAUUCCUUUUUCUUUUGUUUCCAUGGCGACUGGCAUGGGCCCUUCUUCUAGUGGGAGUCAAGCGACAGUGGCUUCCGUGGUGACCAGUACUUUGCUCGCGGGUCUUGGCUUUAGUGGUGGUGGUUUGCCUUCCUUUCCUAGCACUGUGUGGCCCACGCGCCUUCCUACUACUGUUUCUCCUACUAGUAAGCAGGCAGCCAAACCGGUUGUCUCCACCACUGAACCUUUACCCUCCACAGGCUCAGAUAGUGAUGCUUCUCCUACCCAAAACAAGGAAGGGACAGAGGAAGGAGAAAAGGAUGAAAAGGGUGAGGGAGAAGAUGGUGAGCGGGACCAGGAUGAGGAAAGUGAGAAAGAGUCUGAGAAGAAGGAGAAAAGUUCUUCAACACGUUCUUCAGAGGUCCAGAACCACACUGAGUCCACCCCAACUGCCGCCUCCACUGAUAAAGUAGGAGAGGCCGGCGCCAAUGAAACUAUAACUGAUCCGCAGGAAAACGGAAAUACUUCUUUAAUAGAUCCCCCGGGAACAGAGCCUGCGGCAACGGCAGCAGGCCCGUCACGCACCAUUGUGACGUCCACAGAAGACUAUUAUGUAGAUCUAACCACCACAAUACACAGGUCAAGGUCAAAAGAGGACAAAGAAGUGGACAACAGAUUCUUCACCGUUAACCCAGACCCUCAGAUUAACUCCAGUAUGGCGAUGUGGCCCCCUCCUGGGAAGAUGGAAUGGAUCAUUCCGCUGGUUGUGGUUUCAGCUUUAACAUUCGUGUGCCUAAUCCUCCUCGUAGCUGUGCUCGUAUACUGGAGGAAAUGUUUCCAAACCGCACACUUUUACGUGGAAGACAGCAGCUCGCCGCGGGUGAUUCCCAAUGAAAGCAUUCCCAUCAUUCCCAUUCCAGAUGACAUGGAAGCCAUUCCUGUUAAACAAUUCAUUAAGCACAUCAGCGAGCUUUACUCUAAUAACCAGCACGGAUUCUCGGAGGAAUUUGAGGAGGUGCAGAGGUGUACGGCCGAUAUGAACAUCACGGCGGAGCAUUCCAACCACCCAGACAACAAGCACAAGAACAGAUACAUCAACAUUGUGGCGUAUGACCACAGUCGGGUAAAGCUGCGGCCUCUGCCAGGCAAAGACUCCAAGCACAGCGAAUACAUUAACGCCAAUUACGUGGACGGUUACAAUAAAGCCAAAGCUUACGUUGCUACCCAGGGCCCUUUAAAGUCAACAUUUGAAGAUUUCUGGAGAAUGAUUUGGGAGCAAAAUACCGGCAUCAUUGUUAUGAUAACAAACCUGGUGGAGAAAGGAAGGAGAAAAUGUGACCAAUAUUGGCCAACAGAGAACAGCGAAGAAUACGGAAACAUCAUGGUGACCCUGAAGAGCACAAGAGUCUACGCUUGUUACACCGUCCGGAGAUUCACCAUCAGGAACGUGAAGAUGAAAAAGGGGCAGAAAGGAAACACAAAGGGUCGACAUAACGAGAGGACAGUGAUGCAGUAUCACUACACACAGUGGCCGGACAUGGGGGUCCCGGAAUACGCGCUGCCUGUUUUGACUUUCGUAAGACGCUCGUCCGCCGCCCAACUGCCGGAGAUGGGGCCGGUCCUCGUGCACUGCAGCGCCGGAGUCGGAAGGACCGGCACAUACAUUGUGAUAGACAGCAUGUUACAGCAAAUUAAGGAUAAAAGCACCGUUAAUGCUCUGGGUUUUCUGAAGCACAUCAGAACGCAGCGCAACUACCUCGUCCAGACAGAGGAACAGUACAUCUUUAUCCACGAUGCCUUGUUAGAGGCGAUACUGGGGAAGGAGACUGAGGUGUGUGCCAAUCAGCUGCACAGUUAUGUGAAUAGUAUCCUGACACCGGGCCCUGGAGGGAGGACCCGACUGGAGAAGCAAUUCAGGUUGGUGACGCAGUGCAACGCAAAGUACGUGGAAUGUUUCAGCGCCCAGAAAGACUCCAACAAAGAGAAGAACAGGAAUUCCUCUGUGGUGCCAUCUGAACGUGCCAGGGUGGGACUUGCGCCAUUACCGGGAAUGAAGGGAACGGAUUACAUCAAUGCCUCUUACAUCAUGGGCUAUUUAAGGAGCAAUGAAUUCAUCAUAACCCAGCACCCCAUGCCGCACACAACGAAAGACUUUUGGCGAAUGAUUUGGGAUCACAACGCGCAGAUCAUCGUCAUGCUCCCCGAUAACCAGAGCUUGGCUGAAGAUGAAUUUGUUUACUGGCCAAGUCGAGAAGAAUCCAUGAACUGUGAGGCCUUCACCGUUACCCUUAUCAGCAAGGACAGGCUGUGUCUGUCCAACGAAGAGCAAAUUAUCAUUCACGACUUUAUCCUUGAAGCGACGCAGGAUGAUUAUGUGUUAGAAGUUCGUCACUUUCAGUGCCCCAAGUGGCCCAAUCCGGAUGCUCCAAUCAGCAAUGUGUUUGAACUGAUCAAUGUGAUUAAGGAAGAGGCCCUGACAAGAGAUGGACCCACUAUUGUGCACGAUGAGUUUGGAGCUGUUUCAGCUGGAACGCUCUGUGGUUUAGCCACUCUGUCCCAGCAGAUGGAGAAUGAAAAUGCUGUUGAUGUUUACCAAGUGGCCAAGAUGAUAAAUCUUAUGAGACCGGGUGUAUUCACAGAUAUUGAACACUAUCAGUUUCUCUAUAAGGCGAUGCUCAGCUUGAUCAGCACGAAAGAAAAUGGAACCGCCAACAUGGCUUUGGACAGAAACGGCGCUGUUUUAAUAAGCGACGAAUCAGACCCCUCCCAAAGCAUGGAAUCUCUUGUUUAAAUGAACCCUUUAAGAGGAAAAAAAGGCACUGCAUUUGUAAACCGUCGUAAGAUCGAGUGGACUUUAUGAGGCCUUUUUUUGUUGUUUUUGCCAGACUAUAGGUUAUACAAUAACCCAAUUACUUUUCUACACUGAUAAAAAAAAAAAAAAAAAUUUUGAUAUUUAUUUUUUGCCAUUUUAUGUCUUAAUGGUAUCCUACUGAACAUUUGCACCUCUGUUUAAUUCACACAGUGAAAAGCAAAGUUACCUAGUUUUGCACUAUUUGAUCAGUGUUAACUGCCUAGAAUUUUUUCUAACACCCAAAACGAGCCCUACGGGUGGCGUUUCCCGGAAAUCAGGAAUACGGUCAGCGCUUGUCUCUCUUAGGUAACUCGGCAUUUUCUUUGUGGUAACUAAGCUUAAAGGGCAAACAAAAACUUUUUUAAAAAAUGAAUAAUUUUAAUCCGAUUUUAUAUAUUUUCUUUUGUUUGCUCUUUUUUUCCCACUUAAUAUACCAUCUGCAAUUUUUUGGAAAUUACCAGUGAAUAUAUAUUCCAUAUCCCAUCCCCCCCCCCGACAUGCAUAUUCUUACUCUCUGUAUAUAAACGCCAUUGAUUUGCAUCAGAACUGUCCAGUGUAUAAUGGCAUUCCAUUUACAGACUAUGAACUCAUGUUGUAACAUAUCCUGUCCUGAUUGGUCGUCAUCGCAAAUUAUUUCUGCGUUAUUGUUAAUUAUGCACAAUUUUGUUAUGCUUUUACCCCUGCCUCGUUAUGAGUUGCUUCUAAUGUCUUAUCACAACUGAAAAUAUAUUUUUUUCUCAAAUUUUAAAACUUGA